UUCGCUUAUCUUCGCCUCGAUCCCUUCUGCACAAACCCAACGCCAGUUAAUAAAAGAAAACUACAACUCCAUACAGAGAUCAAGAAGAAAGAUCUAAAGUUUAUCGAUGAUUUCUCGACUGGUUACACUUUCUCUUUCACUGCCGUAAAUCCAUACCUAUCAACGAUUCGUUUCACCUCUGGAAUUCACAAUAACAAGAAUGAUUGAAGAUUGGAUUUGCUUGACGAAUGGUGGGGCUGUGAAAGUGCCCCCUGAUUUGUUGGAUUGUCAUUUUAUCAUUUCACCCUCCACGGCUCCACCUAACGAGUUUUUGAGUAAUAUUUGAAUCUAAGGAUUUCCCACAUUGCAGUUUCGAAUGUUGUUUGACGUUUCAGAUCUUGAAUUAUACUUCCUUUGAAUUUUUUACGCUUUUGAAGUUGUGCCUUGAUAAAUAUAUAUUCGCUCUACUUGUCCCAAACGGAAUGACGUUGUACUGAUGAUUGUUUCUGGUGCUCUAUUGUUGUUUUAAACGCUACACAGGGAGUUUGAUGGAAGAAGGAGAGCUCUAUUCAGGGAUGGCUGAUGCAGCAGCUCUUAUUGAAGUUUCAGGAUCCAGGUUUAGUGAUCUAGAGCUCAUUGGAAGAGGGUCAUUUGGGGAUGUAUAUAAAGGUUAUGACAAGGAGCUCAACAAAGAAGUUGCCAUUAAGGUUAUUGAUUUAGAAGAAUCAGAGGAUGAGAUUGAGGACAUUCAGAAGGAAAUAGCUGUUCUGCAACAAUGCCGAUCCCCAUAUAUUACAGAGUAUUAUGGAUCAUACCUCCAAAACACUAAGCUAUGGAUAAUCAUGGAGUAUAUGGCUGGUGGCUCUGUUGCUGAUCUAAUUCAGCCAAAUCUACCAUUGGAUGAAAUGUCCAUAGCUUGCAUUUUACGUGAUUUGCUCCAUGCUAUUGAAUACCUACACAGUGAAGGCAAGAUUCAUAGAGAUAUUAAAGCGGCAAAUAUUCUGUUGUCGAAGAAUGGUGAUGUGAAGGUUGCAGAUUUUGGUGUUUCUGCACAAUUGACAAGGACAAUUUCUAGGAGAAAGACAUUUGUAGGGACACCAUUCUGGAUGGCACCAGAAGUAAUUCAGAAUUCUGAUGGAUAUAAUGAGAAGGCAGAUAUUUGGUCUCUUGGUAUAACUGCUAUAGAGAUGGCAAAAGGGGAACCUCCACUGGCUGAUCUCCACCCGAUGAGAGUUCUUUUCAUCAUACCUAGGGAAACUCCACCACAGCUAGAUGACCACUUUUCUCGUUCUAUGAAAGAAUUUGUUUCAUCAUGUUUGAAGAAAAUUCCUGCUGAGAGACCAAGUGCAAAGGAACUUAUAAAGCAUCGCUUGAUCAGAAAUGCCAGGAAGAGCCCAAGGCUUUUGGAGAGAAUCAGGGAACGCCCUAAAUUCCAACUAAAGGAUGAUGUAGAAACUCCUAGGAAUGGUAUAAAACCAUUGGGUGAAGCAUCUGGUACUAUAAAGGUGACAAGUUCUGGAGUUGAGGAUACUGUUCGAGUCAGCGGUGAAGGGAAAACAUUUAAAAGUGCUGGCUGGGACUUUAGUCUUGGAGGAUCAUCUGGUACAGGAACAGUGCGAAGUGUUGUAAAUCCAACUAAGGCUAGGGAUUGGAAACCUGAGAUUCCAUCAAAUGAAGCUCCCUCAAGAAAAAAUACUGAUGGGGUUAACCUAGGGUCUGGUACAGGAACAGUGCGAAGUGUUGUAAAUCCAACUAAGGCUAGGGAUUGGAAACCUGAGAUUCCAUCAAAUGAAGCUCCCUCAAGAAAAAAUACUGAUGGGGUUAACCUAGGGUCUGGUACAGGAACAGUGCGAAGUGUUGUAAAUCCAACUAAGGCUAGGGAUUGGAAACCUGAGAUUCCAUCAAAUGAAGCUCCCUCAAGAAAAAAUACUGAUGGGGUUAACCUAGGGUCUGGUACAGGAACAGUGCGAAGUGUUGUAAAUCCAACUAAGGCUAGGGAUUGGAAACCUGAGAUUCCAUCAAAUGAAGCUCCCUCAAGAAAAAAUACUGAUGGAGUUAACCUAGGGUCUUCUUCUGGAACUGUCCUUUAUAAGUCAUCUGAGGUUUUUAGCAAUAAAGACCAUGAAAAUGCUUGCAUCGAUCAGAAACAAGAUUCUUUCCAUAAAGAUGAAGAAUUCUCAGCAAGUGGGACAGGAACAGUUGUUGUUAGAUCUCCAAGAGUAGUUCAGUCUUCUUUAGCCAGUGACCGAAGUUCAAUGUCUAGCAGUGCGUAUGCUUCAUUUGACGAUGCUUCAACAAGUGGCACUAUUGUUUACCGUGGGCGAAAUGAUGAGCCAGAUUCUCCUCAAAGUCCUAGAUCCUGGUCGGGAAUUCAAGACAGAUCCUCAAGUGCAUCCUUUGAAGAUAGCGAAACAAACCUUUCAGAGGCCAAGGCUUCCAUUCAAGCAGGGCUAAAGAAAGGAAAUGUUCGAGAAAGACCAAUGAUGGGCAAGGCCUACAGAGAUGGGCAUGAAAAUAGAAGCACAGGCCCAUCAACAGCAAGCUCUGAUUCUUCAAGAAAUUCCCGUGAUUACUUUGAAGCACAAAAAGCAUUUUCAAGACCACAUCAUACUAGAGAUGAUGCUGCUGCUAGAAUACCCCCGCCACCAUCUUUAUCGAUUCUUCUCAUCCCAUCAAUAAAGGAGGCUGUUGCUGGGGAAGUUGAAGGACCAUUUGUUCAGACCAUGACUAAUUCUUUUCUGGAAAUGGAGCGCAUGAAGCCUGGGUCUUGUGAUCUUUUUGUCAGCAGAUUAUUCCAGCGACUGGCAAGUUCCAAAGAAUCUUCUUUGAAAGAUCUGCAAGAUUUGGCUACUCGCAUAUUCACAAAGGGCAGGAUGGAAACCGAUAAUGCAACCGCUGAAGCUGAUAGCAAGAAAAAGCAGCAGAGCAAAGAGCUUCAAUCAAAUUCCAACAUGAGCCCACUAGCCAGGUUCUUGCUCUCAAGAUGGCAAGGGCAUCAUGCUUCCCGGGAUUUAAAUUCUUAAUAUGGAGGUUUGAUUCUUUUACAUUCUUGUUUUCUGAUUUUGCUGCAUCUGAGUUUAUCAUGAUUCAAUGUACAUAACAUUCUAUUCUAAGGAAACCAUGUAAAUUAAUCUACCGAUGCAAUUUUUGUAUUUUUAUUUUUUUUUCUUGGGUUCCAAUUGUUCACCUAUUCUGGUUUGUAUUGUUUCAUCCUGUUACAGAAAUGUAUAUCUCCUAGUAAUUUGAUGUUUUGCAGUCUAUUUGCAAUGAUUAACCUCGAAUAUAUUUGGGCGUUA